AUGUCUGGACCUAACCCGACAUCAGAAGUGGGAUACGAUUGUCCGCCCACCUCUGGCACUUCGUCAGCACAAAAUAUGCAGGAGAAUAGUUCGCUACCCUCGCAUAGUUUAGAAACGAUUCUUUCAAAAUUAACUGAUGCCCUGCUACCCCGGUCCAAUGCACCGUCACACCCUUUCACAGUUUUGGUACCAUUUGACCCCGACGACCUAAAUUCAGAUAUAGAGGGCUGGUGCAGAUUGACGGACGCCAUAAUUAAGGGCAAAAAUCUUAAAGGUCUGGAUCUGAUCAUAACGCUGACCCAUGGUCUGCGAGGCCGCGCAGCUACAUUAUUGACCAAAAUGCCUCCCAGUCAAUAUCGAUGGGAAGAUAUUCAAGAGACUUUGAAAGCUCAGUUCUCUCGUCCUAUGCUUAUUCAGGAUCACUUUGACAGUAUCCUCAAAUUUCAAAUAACUGCUAAUGAAACCCCCGCUCAGUCAUGUUUACGUCUUUGGCAACUGAUCGAAAAUAUCCCAGACACGAAUUUACCUGAAAAGGUUGUGACGGGCUUUGCCGUUUCCGUUUUAUCACAGUGUGAUGUUCAAAUACGUCGUGAAUUAAACUCCACUGUGGUAAAUGACAAAUCCCAGCUAUUUCGAGUACUACGAGGUAUCUCCUUGAAAAGAAAAUCGGAAUUUUCCGAGCCAAACGAUUCCGAUGUCAAACGCUCUCGUGCUACGUUUCCCUUUCGUGGCAAUUGCCACGUAUGUGACAAGCCUGGGCAUCGAGCAGCUGAUUGUCGUGAACGAAAUAAACCAAAUGGAUCGAUGAUUACGGAUAAACGGGUCAACCAGAGGCAUCAAGUCACAUGCUACGUCUGCGGGGAACCGGGCCACGUCGUCUCCACCUGCCCCAAGAGGGUUGACUAUACGAAGAAGGAACAAGCCGCUACCGGAAGCAAGGAAGUCAAGGUGUGCUCGAAGAUUGUUAGAGGUGCUCUGGAUUGUAGUGGGCAAGAAGGCUAUCUAGAAAUUUAUGAGUAUAGUGAUGAAAGUGAUAGUACUGAUGAACGAACCGUGAUGGCAGAUGAUGAAUUCAAUAUAUCUGUUGUGCCUGGAAAUAGUAAUACGACCUCUGAGGAAACUGUAACUGUAAACUCCCCUAUAUUGUCUGUAGAUGAUUCAGAGACACUUUCGGUAAGCUCUCGCACCUUAACCGCAAAUGACUCUGAAGAAACUUUUUCUUGUAGUUCUCGUACAUUAAGCGUGGAUGAUUCCGAAGCUGUAAUAGAAUCUUUGGAAUGA